AUGUCGAGCGACCAGGACCGCAAGGACCGUGUACCAUCUCCUACUGACAGCUCUUCCCGUGGGAACGUAGUUGACCAUACCGCCCCUCAUGUCACAGAAGAGUCGGUAUUGAGGAGGAACGGGCAAGAGUUUGCUGGCCCAAAGAACCACAUGAUCAACGUCCAGCCUUUGAAACGCAGCGAGAUGCAGCCAUCAUAUGCACAAGACCUCGGUACUGGGGAGGUCACUCAUGGCUUCUACGGGUCAUUCCUGCAAAGUCUUGGCGCUUGUGUCGGGUUCUGUGGUGCUAUUCCUUGCUGCCCUCUCCCAAAUCCAUUCCGAAAUGUCCAGCAAGGUUCGGUCGGUCUGGUUACACGGUUUGGCCACUUCUACAAAUCAGUCGACCCCGGUCUCGUACAAGUCAAUGUCUGUACGGAAGACUUGCGUAUUGUCGAUGUCAAAAUUCAAAUCAGCCCUAUUGGCAGGCAAACAGUCAUCACUCGUGAUAAUGUCAAUGUCGAAAUUGACUCUGUCAUCUACUUUCAGAUCAUAAAUCCUUAUCGUGCUGCCUUUGGAAUCAGUGACCUACGUCAGGCACUCACCGAACGUGCUCAAACCACCUUGAGGCACGUCGUCGGUGCUCGUGCAGUCCAAAGUGUCGUAACCGAGCGCGAGGCCAUCGCCUUCGAGAUUGCUGAAAUCGUCGGUGACGUCGCCGAUAAAUGGGGCGUUGCCAUUGAAGGCAUCCUGAUCAAGGAUAUCAUCUUCAGCCCAGAAGUCUCCGCCUCUCUCUCUUCUGCUGCGCAGCAGAAGCGUAUCGGAGAGUCCAAGGUCAUUGCAGCCCGCGCAGAAGUUGAUUCUGCUCGCCUUAUGCGCCAAGCAGCCGAUAUCCUCGCAUCACCAGCUGCCAUGCAAAUCCGUCAGCUUGAGGCUCUACAGCAGAUGGCCAAGUCUGGUAACACCAAGGUUGUUUUCGUUCCUAUGCAACUCCAAAGCGAUGUUGUUGGUAGACUCGCCUCCAGCAGUAAUGCUGAGGCAUCUGGGUCUGGACUGCGUGACGAAGUGGGCGACUCCCUUACCGGCACAGGUCGUGCAGGUCUUCUAGCCAGCAUCGCGGAUGUAUAA